CUCAACACAGCACAGCACAGCACAGCACAUUCCCAACUCCCAAGUCUCGCCAAUAAAACGUUAUAUUCCAACCUCUCUCUCUCAUCCCCUGCUAUUCUUCUUCAUCACUCUUCUCUUCUCUCUUCUCCCCUAUAAUAAUAUAAUAAUAUUACCAACACAACACAACACUCACAAAAACAGCAGACAAGUAGCCAGAACAAGAAAUCCUUUGACACAUUAAUCACUUUCUUUAAGGAAACUAAUUAACAUGGGAGGAAGGGGUCACAUGGGGUGGUUCCUCUUCUGUUGUUGUUCUUCUUCUCUCCUUUUUUUUGUUGCUUCUUCUUCUUCUGUGUCACCCAGAAGAAACUUGCCCAUCAUAGCCUUUGAGGAUGGCUACACACCCUUGUUUGGUGACCAUAAUUUGGCCAUCCAUAGAGAUGGCAAAUCAGUUCACCUUUCACUUGAUGAAAGAACAGGUUCUGGAUUUGUGUCUCAUGACCUUUACCUUCACGGGUAUUUCAGUGCCUCGAUCAAGUUGCCUGCCGAUUACACUGCUGGAGUUGUGGUCGCAUUUUAUAUGUCAAAUGGUGACAUGUUCCAGAACAACCAUGAUGAGAUAGACUUUGAGUUUUUGGGGAACAUUAGAGGCAAAGACUGGAGGAUUCAGACCAAUGUUUAUGGCAAUGGAAGCACCAGCAUUGGUAGAGAGGAAAGAUAUGGCUUAUGGUUUGAUCCUGCUGAGGAUUUCCAUCAGUACAGUAUUCUUUGGACAGAUUCUAAGAUCAUAUUUUAUGUGGAUGAUGUUCCUAUUAGGGAAGUUAAGAGAACAGAAUCUAUGGGAGGAGAUUUCCCUUCAAAGCCAAUGACAUUGUAUGCCACCAUAUGGGAUGCUUCUGAUUGGGCAACCAAUGGAGGCAAAUAUAGAGUAAAUUACAAGUAUGCACCCUAUGUUGCUGAGUUCUCUGACCUGGUCCUGCAUGGUUGUGCAGUUGAUCCCAUUGAGCAUGUGGCCAAGUGUGACAGUGCCCUAGGUUCUGAAGAAGUUCCCUCUGGUGUCACCCAAGUACAAAUAACCAAAAUGAGAAACUUCAGGUUGAGGCACAUGACAUAUUCUUACUGCUAUGACACUGUUAGAUACAAAGUCCCUCCACCGGAGUGUGUCAUCAGCCACCAAGAAGCUGAAAGGCUUAGAAAAUUUGAUCCCAUAACGUUCGGCAAUGGCCGGCGCCACCGUGGUAAACGACACCACCAUAGUAGUAGAGGAAGCCAAGAAGAGAUUACUGCUUCUUCAUUUUAAUGUAUGGUUCCAUAUGCAGAAUUUGUCAUAAAGGAAAUAUUUUCAUAUAAUGAAUCAGUUUGAUUUACCUGGGUUACAAACAAUAUGUCUUUUGAUCAAUGAUGUUUUUUAGUCCGUGAAAAAUGAGUCAUUUUUUUUUGUUAGUCCCUAACUUUUAAAACCAUAAGUUUUGGUCCCCUUCACUAUUAGCUUUAAGACUAAAGUUUGUGUAUUUAAAAAAUAUAGGGAUGAAAACUUAUGGUUUUAAAAGUAAAGGACUAAAACCCAAUAUGACUCGUUUUUUCAGGGACUAAAAAUAUCAUUAACUUGAUAUCUUUUUUUUCCUUUAUCCUUUCAUUUUGGUGUAGAGAGAGAGAGAGGGGUUUGGACAUAGAAGUCCUUAAUAUGUUAGUUUAUGAUAUGGUUCUUGCUGGUGGGUUUUUGUAUAGUCCUUCAUUCCUCUAGGUUCCUGGGUAUUUCCUCAUUGAUGUCCUAUGCUACUUUACAAAUUGAACCUCUUCAUUGAUGAUUUAUGUAUGUGGAGACACACCCCAGGGUUUCAAUAAACUAGUAUUUAUUUUAUUA